AUGGCCCGCGGGGACUUCAAUGCGAGGCAACUGGCCCUCAUCAAGUCCGCCAGGUCUCUCGAAUCCGAUGCCCGCCCGUUCGACCACAAAAUCAAUGAUAUAUGGCAACAGCUAUCCGCUGCGAAAGGCGGCAAAUCGUGCGCCGCCGAAGAGACAAUCCUGCGCUGGCUGUUGAAGCACAUGGACAGCAGUAGCGACAUCGCAGAACAGCUUCGACGAUAUCCUGCGACAUGGACCACCAUCGGCUGCCUAUUUGAGAGGAUUUCCCUCUUCUCCCUCUCGAGGAUCUUCCUGGAGCGCAAAUUCAUCGCCGUGUUGCAGCAGAGUGCCAGAGAUAUUUCACGGCCCCAAUCUCAAGAAAAGACAAGACCGUCCAAAGAAAAGAAGAGGAAGCGAGACGAGCCCCUUACCUUCGACCUUGCCACCCUGCGCUUGCCCGAGACGCUGUUGCAAUCUGCGUCGGAGCUCUUUGGAGCCCUCGAAAAGCUCCUACAGCGUCUGAAUACGACAAGAGACCGGCACUCCGAACAUGUCCUGAUUGGCGCCGAACACAUCAAAUCGCUUUUCCGCGUCCCUGCCGAAGCUGCCAAAGACUUAGUCGCGCCUUUGCUUUGGAUCUGUGCUCACUCACUGAGCCUUCUCCCGCAUGACGGUAUCGUGGAACAGCAGGAGACUUGGCCAAAAACUGUUGUUGCCUUUUGGGAUUUGCACCUGGGAAGCGCAGAAGAUUCCCACGAGUUCGCAGCAAGCUUAUACAAUCCUUGCUGCACCAUCCUCGACGCUCUCUCUGGGCCCGACAAAGUAAAGGGAAACCUGCUUAGAAAAGGCUCGUGGUUGCAGCAGAUGAGGCAGUUCGUCACAAAGAACCUGAUCAACCCGGCGAGGAGUACUUUCACAAAUGGCAAGGGACUUGGCGCUCUCGAAAUAGCCAAUUCUACUACUCUGAAGGACCCGGCGCCCUCCAUUAAGAUCCUUUCACACCUUUUAUCCCUGUCACAGCAAGGCCUUGACGACCCCAUCACCAAAAGGGAGAGACUCACCUGGACGUCCGCCGUCUUCAAGCUGCUACUUACCUUUGCCGAAGAGCAUAAUGUUGCAGAGCACGUCAUCACAAACUUGAUGAGCAACGCCACGCGUGGUUGCCAGCCGGAUCUGGAGACCCUCAGGCACGUGUGCAAAAGCUAUGCCCUUCAAGCCGCGACUAAUUGGAGCCUGGUGGCCGACAUUAUCUCAUGCGAUUCAGAUACUUUCCUUCUCGAUGAGGAGCUUUUUGAUGCACUACUCGCUUCGGUCACAUCUGUCACAAAAGCUGAGGAAUUUGAACUUGAAGAAAUAGUGGAAGGUGUCAUUAAUCCGCUCAUGAAAGCUGCCGCCAAGGCCCGCAACCUGAUCAAUUUCAUUAAGAAAUGGCAUGGUCAAAUUUCUCAACUGCUUUCGAAAGGCGAAUCCCUCGAUCAGUCGCCCUGGUACGACGCUCGUGCCCGGGAGCAGUGCGCGGACCUUUUGCAAGGGACACUUUCCAUCCAACAAGUAUCGUCCCUGGUUGACAGGUUGCAAGAGGAGGACGACUCCGAGGCGUACUUGAUCGUUCUUGACGCCAUUUGUCAGGGGAUCACCGAUGAGGAUUAUAUUGACGCUAUCAAGUCAAAUUUGCUCGACAUAGUCCUACAGCCCUCAAACAAUCCAGCUCAGGUUUCUUCGGUACUGACUCCUCGGUGGCGCAUCACGAGGAAAACUACAUCUUGGGUUGCCGCUGCUGAUGUGAAUCGCAUCUGGGAUCACGUCAAGGCAAAUUUGUCUCGACUGCUCUCGAGUGGAUCGCUAUCCGAUACUGCAACCUUCGAGGCUUUUGCUUGCUGUUGUGAAUUAUCUCAUGCGAACUACCCCCAAGGGGACAAGCUGAAGGAUACGCUAGCCGAGGCUUGCACCUUUUUGAAGCGCAUCAUCGCAGAAGUCAAAGACGAAAAUCGCUUUCCGGUGGUGUCUAGAUACAUAGAUCUUGUUUUUAACCAGUUCCCAGCCAUCAGCCAAGCAUCUAGUGGGGAAGAACAAAUCAGCAAUUUGCUUGGAAUACUGUUCAACCGCAUUGAGUCCAACGCCGCCAAAAUCAUGGUGCGGCCUAGCGAGACUAUUCUUCAGCGUGUUCCCAAAGACGAUGCUGUGCAGGACGACGAGGAAAUCGUGGAGGCGUUAAUUCAACCUCUAAUAUCUAAACUAGAGAGCUCUGAUGUGUGUGGCUGGACUGGCUCUGCGACGAGCUCAACGACGAUCUCGGCUCUUCUUGACUUUCCACCAGAAGUGUUCACGAAAGAUCGCCGCAAGAGGAUCAUGUCAUCGUGGAGGAAUCGGAAAACAGAGGUUGAGGCUGGCUCAAGAGAAUUCCCCAUUGCUCAUGAACGCAUUCUACGCCUGUUAAUCUUGGUCAUGACGCAACCGACCUUCUACGACGGUAUGGCAUUCGACGAUGUCCAAGGCCUCCUCGUGAACAUAUCUUCUGAACUACUGCCCUUCCUAGAGAAACUGGCCCUGCUCAUGAUUGGUCAAAUGGUUCGCAAUGUUGAGUCCUCGGCCACCUACCUCGACCAGAUUCUUCGCUACAUCGAAGGACUUGACAUAGAGCAAACCGACAACCCAAUCAUGCCGUUAAUAGUUCUGAAGAGUGUGGUCAUUGCUUUGCAGGGGUCAUCUACCAAGGCCAAACAUGGCCUGAACCAGGAACAGGUCGCCGAAAAACUACGCGAGCUUGUCGGCCACAGUAUCGCCGAAUUUUCGUCAAAACUCAAGAAGCCUGGAAAGUUUGCCAAAUCCGAAGACGAUCUGAUGGUGCUAGAUCUGACGUUGCGCGCGGCCGCCGUUAUUGGGGACAGAUUGUCAGCCCAGCCAAUCAAGCUAUCUUCAAAGGUCGUCGCGAGGCUGCAGGACGCUGGCCAUACACUCUCCUCUGAAGGCGUCCCUACAGGAUGGAAACUCUUUACUUUUUUGACUUACAACAAGGGAGUGUCCAGUUCUGAUAUUUUGUUGAAGCAAAUGAGCCAAGAAUAUUCUUCGAGUGCCGAUUCUCUGGCUAUCAACGAAUUUGUUGAUGCGUCAAUCAAAGACCUCGAUGCAUCAGCCAGAACUAGUCUGCUUCAUGACUUACUGAAGGACUGUUCAUCAUGGCAGAAUCCUAGCAUUCCCUACACGGUCUUGGGCAGGAUCAUCGAGGCCAUUCAAGUCUCAGCCCCAUUAUCCGCGGUAACCGAAGAGGGCAAGACCUUUGACCUUGCCUCGGUUCAAGUCAUUCUUUGUAACUCACUUGCCAGAAAGACAAGGACAUUGGAGCAAUUCCAAAACACCGCCCAAGUAAUUGAGCUUCUGCUCGACAAACAUGCCAGUUCAAUGACUCAAGUCAAUAUUGAACAUACUAUGGCAGUUGUUGCCGCCGUUUGUUCGUCAGAAGGCCCCAGAUUGAGCGAUCCGGAGUCUAGCGUAGCCGGAGGAGUGUUCGACACCCUCUACCGCUUAACGGCCAUUAUCAUCAAGCGCCACAGGCUGCGUCUGGAGGGACAUCACCACCUCUUGGUGUCAACCCUCCAGACCCUACUCCGUGUUCUGCUUGCCAACCCUGCCAAGUCCAAGCAGACCAACAGUAGCUUUUUGUACCCUCCUUGGUUAGACACUCGUCUCAAAGCCCGCCACGGCGCCAAGUUUGCCCGUCUUCUUACCUUGGUCUGCGAGCCAAGUGCUGCCUCGGUUGCCCGUGGCAAGCACAACAGCCUCGACUCUGCAACUGAUGCCGUGAAACGAUCGGCGGGACAGCACAUGUUCUGGGUCAUUGCACUCUACAUCAAGCUCCAGUUGGAGGGCGAUGUGUCGAGGGAUGUGCGUAAAGAAUUGGCUACAGGUGUGUACUCAAUCUUGGGUAUUACACCAGACAGCAAUCGGAGGAUACUGAGCGAGGCUGUGGAUGAGAGUGGACGGGCUAUCUUUAGAAGCUUGUUCACAGAGUGGAAGAAGUUCGGCAAGUGGAGUGGUGUAUAG